AUGGCAAAUGGACAAAAGCAACAAUAUAUGCCGAUGCCGUCAUAUUUUCUUCAACAAGAGGAAACAAGUGAUGAUGAAAUUACACGCAAUUCAAAUUAUUUAAUUGAUGAAAGUAUUGAAGGUGAUGAUACUGAAUUUGAUGAACCGUUAAUACAAUUCAAAAAUCGUCAACCUCAACAGCAACAACAACGCGGAAUACCACCAAACACAUUUUAUGCAUUUUCAUCUUCGCAGCCAUCAUCUUCUGGAAUAAGUCAGGAUAACAUACGUUUUGCUCCUGUAAAACCAAGUUUGCCACAACAACGAUUGUUAAAUCAGCGUUCCAUUUGUUUCAAUCAAGUAAAAGCCGCACCAUUGCAUGAUUUGCGUGGAGAUUAUCAAACGAGGCACCUUCGUGAAGCAUAUCAGCGUCAGUAUAUCGAUAAUUCAGCAAAUUACAAUUUAAUGCCAUCAUCAUCGUCUUUUGCUCCUCAUCGAUUUGUCUCUUCAGUUCCAGUUUCAAGAAGUCAUCAGGCACAACGUGUCAUUUAUGAUGAUGAAGAGGAACCGUAUGAUUAUGAAUUCGAAGAUGAAGAAGAAACUUUUGACGAAGAGCAGCCAGAAAUAUAUCAGCAUCGUUCACAACAACUUGUUCAUCAUGUUGCAGCUGAGCAACCAAAAGUGGUCUCAAAUGAAAAUAAUAGGUACACUAUUGUGGGUCAUACAACCGAAGGGCAGCCUAUAUAUGCAUUGCAGUCGGUGUCACAUAGCGAACAUCCUCGGCUACAGCCAGUUCAGGCAGUUCGUCAAAAUAUACCUGUUGAAGAGAAAUAUUAUAGAAUACGAGCACAGCCGGAAUUAAUAUCUGCUAGAAGAAUAGCUUCAGAAUAUUAUGUUUGUUCGUCGAACAGAAGUGAAACAGCAGUCUCUGCUUCGAGACUUAAUGAAAAUAUUUUAAACGAAAAACAGUUUGUUUUGCAGGAAUUCCCUAUCGUACCAUCAUCUUCAAGAAGCACGCAACAAAACUUGAAUUCGUCUACGGUUAUACGUAAUAAGCGAAAAAGUUCUGAUUCAAGUGAAAAAAUCAGUGAUUCUGCAGUGGCCGCACAAGCGGGUGCAAUCCAGCGAUUUAGUACUAUCGCAGGUUGGAAGCAAAUGUCGACUUGGCUAAAAACAGCUGAAAAUAGUAAAGACUGGAAUAAGCUAAAAUUAUUACUCAUUCAGUGUGGACAGGCGGCGUUAACUCUUGAACUUUUACAAUCCAAUGAUACUCCUAGAUUUGUGAGGCGGUUGUCAAAAAUUUGCCCAGAUAUUGAUGUGCGUCGGAUUGCUUUUGAUCUUGUCGCGAAAUGGAAAAAAAUUGUAGCCAGUCAGCCUGUUCCUUCAGAAGAACCAAAGAGGGUAGGUUCGCUGAAACGAAAAACACCUCAUCCUUCAACUAAUAGCUCAAAGAAAAUUAUUAGAAAAAAUAUUCUUGAAAAAAAUGAACAGACGAUUUCAAUGGCGAUAUCGUCUGGGAAUUCAGUUACAGUGAAUCGUGCAUCAGAAAAAAAUCGAAAAGAAGAGACUGAACGGAAAACUUCGAACGAUGAUAUCGAGGAAAGCCUCCAGAAAAAUAUGAAAGAAAAAGAUGAAAAAUCUGAGAAAGAGCAAAUGAUUGCUACUGGAAAAAGUGAAAAGCUAGAAAAAAAUAAUAAAGUUACUAGCAAUAAAAUGAAUGAAUUCAAUAUGUUUGAAAAACUUGGUGAAGAAAGGAAGGAAAAGAAAAAACGACCAAAAACGGCAAAAACGUAUACUUCGAAAUUUCGCUCAACAGGUAUACUUGUUUUAUUAGAUGAAAGCAUCUUUAUUCAUGCAUCUUUUCCUUAUUUGGAAAUGAUAAUAAAUUUACCUCUCAUUCUUAUAAAUGUACGAUGGCGAAUGAACUUAGUUACCGUAGUCUUCAAUUCGUCUAGAUUAUUUUUAUUUUUAUAUUUGUCUUAUUUCUUAUAA